AAUUGUUGUUGUUGUUGUUUAUAAUAAUCAAUUACUCCACAAAAAAUUGUCAGUCUAAAAUAAAAUCAUGUUUGAAGAAAUUGAAAUUUUCAAUGAAUUUUUUCCUGUUUAUUCAUGGUGGUCAAGUAUCAUGAUCCUGCAAAUGAUGACAUUAAUUUGGUUCACCGGCAGAAUACGUGUUAAAACAGAGACAAUACACAGUGAUGAGGAUAAAAAAUGGAUUAAAAAUAAAAAUGUAGAACUUCAUAUUGAUGGUGGUGGACAUCCAGAUCUUGAUCAUAUACGUUCAGCUCAUUUUACUGAUCUUAAAACAAUGAUGCCAUAUUUAUUGAUAGCUCCAAUUUGGCUAACAACAUCACCAACUCAUUUUUCAGCAAAUAUUAUAUUAAGAAUAUUUCCAAUUUGUAAAUUAAUUGAUACUAUUUUGUACAUGAAACUCAACAAAAAUUUAACAGCAGUACCAGCUAUUUUUUUAACAGUUUGUUAUGUUGUUAUAUUUUACAUUGGUACAUCAACACUAUUACACUAUUUGUACUAAUUAAUUUAUACUCAUCAAUUCACUAUUUUACAA